AUAAGAGUGCAUAUUCGUAAGUUUUGACCUGUAUGAUAUCUUCUUAUCAGCCAGUAUCUAAAGUAUUUUGAACCCCUUCAUUGUUGUCUUCUCUUGUUUUUUCGAUUAAUUUGUUUCCUUUCACUUGUAAUUCUGCGUUGCAUUUCUCCUUGUUCCGUACUCGCUUAAACCCGUUUGGUAUUCCGCAACCCGUUACUUUAAACGAAUGAAGCCUUUUUUACUCAUAUUCAACGUUUUUUGAUGUACAUACGCAAGAGUGAUAAAUACAAGAUUUCGACUAAGAAAUUGUGCUUAAACAACGACAUCGCGGUUCCUCCUGAAAGUGGUCGUUCCUUACCUUUUAGAAUUAAAUUUAGGAAUCUAAAUAUAAAUAGGUGGUGUCUGACCUAUUUCGCAAUUUAACUGCAAUAUGCACAUACACAUAUACAUGUUAAAUUAGUUGUGCUAAUGCUUCAACAUACAGUGGGUCAAUAAAAAUAAAAACCUUUCGAUUUUUUAGUUUAGUUCAGAGUUUGUAUUGUGAACAUAUUUUUGUCAGAAUUUAACAUAUUGAAAAAUAAAAUACAUAUAUUCAAUUUAGGCUAAAGUUAGUUAGAUUAGUAGGCUGUUUUUACAUACAUAUAAUCAUAUUUGUACCCAACUUUGUGGACUACUUAACAUUUUCCCCUGAAUUUACAAAGAAGCACCACAUUGUAUCUAUUUUUGUAUAUUUGUAGACAUGUACAUACAUCUGUAUAUUGAUUAAUUUAUUAUCAAAUAAGACUAUACAACCGAAGGGAUAAAAUAAGAUACAUUGAAGAAAAUCAGGCAAAUAUAUUUUGGUAGCGUUACAACGUACACAACAUUAUAUUUAAAAUUUAAGUUAAAAACAUAUCGGAGCGAUUACACAAUUAUAUCAGCAUAAGCUGUUACUUUUUGACUGAUAAGUUUUAAUAGUAUGCAUAUACUUACAUAUGUGUGCUUAUUUAAAAAACAAAUAGAAGAAAAUUAUUACGAAUAAAAUGUCUUGGAGAGUUCGUCAUUUUUUGAAACAAGUACGUGAAAAUAAAGAGGGUGAUGAGCGUAAAAAAGUAUUGACCCAAAACAAGGAAAUUUUCAAGGAGACAGAUAAUUCAACUAUUGAUAAUCAGCUUGUUACAUUAUCUGACUCACCGAAGAAUAACGUAACUGAAAAUCAUAAUCCGCCAACUUGUUUUGAAACCAAAGAAACUAAGAAGGAUUUUGAGAUUUUGUCACCCCUCAGUACAAGUUUGGAAAGUCGUUUCAGUCCCUUAACUACUUUUAAAGGCAGAUAUAUUAACUGGAAUAGAAAACAUAGUGAUUUGGCAGCACAACCUUGGUGCUGCAUUAGUGAUAUAAUACAUUUUUGCGACAAACAUGAAUACCAAACGCUGAGCCUUAACGACCCCAGUCAAAAUAAUAAAAUUGUUUCCGAGGUCAAAUUUCUUUUAACUGACGGCAAAGCUCCUUUUGAUCUAUGUAAACGUUUUCCUGGAAAUAUAAAAAAUCCAGAAGAUUUGUGGAUUUGUAUUGGUCGUUGUGCUAGUGUCGAAUAUCAUCUGAAAAAAAUAUUGAGCCUGUUUCGUAGACCUCUCGCCCGGUUGGUGGUUGAUAAGCAACGAGUGUUAAGACAAAAUUUCCACUUGGCAGUGAGUGAAUUACGUUUGGAUAUAUCAGCUCACAUUAGUACAGUUAAUCUAUAUGACCGAAAUAUAUUCGAACAUGAAUUUCAACUACGAUGGGAAGACAAGGUCGACUAAAGUGUGUAAAAACUAAUGUUUUGUUAUAACUUGAAAUAAAUCUCUUUUGUAUUUUAUUAUAAUAAAAGUGUUGCAUAUA